GUGGCGUGACAAGUGUGGCGGCUACAUUUCGGCACCGCAGUGGCAGCCGCAGGAGUCCCAGGAGACCCGCGUGGAGACGCCGCCGCGGGCACCCAUCAAGAAGUUUGAGACUAAUGAGGGCAGCUAUAAGGUCGACAUCGACCUCCAAGCCCUACGCGAUUUUAAGGACCAG